GCGGGGAACUUCCGGGGAGAGGGCGCGGUGGAGGCACGACGAGGACCCUCGCUCUUCUGCUGAGCAGUGUCAUCCCAGGUGGAGGCAGCCAUGGAGCAGUGUGCCAGCGUGGAGAGGGAAGUGGACAAAGUCCUGCAGAAGUUCCUAAGCUAUGGACAGCACUGUGAGCAGAGCCUGGAGGAGCUGCUACAGCACGUGGGCCAGCUCCGGGCUGAGCUGGCAGCCCUCCAGGGGACGCCGCUGUCAGCCACCCUGUCCCUGGUGAUGUCGCAGUGCUGCCGGAAGAUCAAGGACACAGUGCAGCAGCUAGCCUCCGACCACAAGGACAUACACAGCAGUGUGUCCCGUGUGGGCAAGGCCAUUGACAGGAACUUUGACUCUGAGAUCUGCGGUGUUGUGUCAGAUGCGAUGUGGGACUCUCGGGAGCAGCAGCAUCAGAUUCUGCAGACAGCCAUUGUGGAGCACCUGUACCAGCAGGGCAUGCUUGGUGUGGCUGAGGAGUUGUGCCAGGAAUCUACGCUGAAUGUGGACCUGGGUUUCAAGCAGCCCUUCCUAGAACUGAACCGGAUCCUGGAAGCGCUGCACAAACAAGACCUGGGGCCAGCACUGGAGUGGGUCAUCUCCCACCGCCAGCGCCUGCUGGAGCUCAACAGCUCCCUGGAGUUCAAGCUACACCGCCUGCAUUUCAUCCGCCUGCUGGCAGGUGGUCCUGAGAAGCAGAGGGAGGCUCUGAGCUAUGCCCGACACUUCCAGCCCUUUGCCCGGCUGCACCAGCGGGAGAUCCAGGUGAUGAUGGGCAGCCUUGUGUACCUGCGCCUGGGCCUAGAGAGGUCACCUUACUGCCACCUACUGGACAGUAGCCACUGGGCAGAGAUCUGCGACACCUUCACCCGUGAUGCCUGCUCCCUGCUGGGACUCUCUGUGGAGUCACCCCUCAGUGUGAGUUUCGCGUCGGGCUGUGUGGCACUGCCAGUGCUCAUGAACAUCAAGGCAGUGAUUGAGCAGCGGCAGUGCACAGGAGUGUGGAGCCACAAAGAUGAGUUGCCGAUUGAAAUCGAGCUGGGCAUGAAGUGCUGGUACCACUCUGUGUUCGCCUGCCCCAUCCUCCGCCAGCAGACGUCUGAUGCCAAUCCGCCCAUCAAGCUCAUCUGUGGCCAUGUGAUAUCCCGAGAUGCCCUCAACAAGCUCAUCAAUGGUGGGAAGCUGAAGUGUCCCUAUUGCCCCAUGGAGCAGAACCCAGCAGAUGGAAAACGCAUCAUUUUCUGAUUCCUGUCAGCUUCUGGACUGCCAAAAGGGGCAGCCUACUCCCAGAGCCUGGUAGGGCCUUGGACACCUGGAAACCAGGCGCCUCUGGACAUUGGCUGUCUGGCUCUUCAAAAGGAAUGUUAACCUCCGGUCCAGACUAGGAGAGAAGGGCUGGCUGCAGCCUACCUACUGCUUCCAGGCCCUCCUCCAUGUCUGCAGUCCAUUGUAAAUACCCCUGGUGCAGGACUGACUGAAACAUUUUUA